UUUAUGACUUUCAGAAACAGUUUUUUUCAUAUAGAUUUCUUUAAGUAGAAAAUUUGUAAAAUAUUUUGUGAAAAUGAUGAAGGAAGGAGAUUUACAAAAAUUUGGAAUAUUUUUCAAGGGAUUUUCUCACAACAGCCUUUCGAGUGUUAGUUGUGCUCUAGCAUUUGCCAGAAAAGGAAUAAAUCUGCUCUCAAGAAAAUAACUUUUUACGAAGUUAAAAUUGUGAAGUUGUGUAUGAAAGUGUUUUAAAGAAAUAGUGAAUUACACUUUAAAUAUUAUUUUUCACUUGUGAAAUUUCUAAUUCGGUGUUAAUUAUAUAUUUUUUUUUAAUUUUGAGAAAUUAAAAACCAUAUAAAAUGGCUCCACGAGGGAAGAAACUUUUCGCAUUAAUUUGGUGGAAGAAUACAUCUCUACGAGAUGUUAUUCCAUUAACGACUUUUCCUAAAGAAAAACGUAAUCUACACUCUGUUGCUGAAAUCCCAUGGAAGAAUUUCACAACUAAGGAAGUUAAAUAUUGUGAAGCAAAGAUAUUGGCGAUAGACCAAGAUGCAAGUGUAUUAGAUAAGUUGGUUGUAACAGCGUCAGGAGACAUUGUACAACCUUCAAACAAAAUUUUUUCGGAAGAAGUAAUAGAAGAUAAAAAAAUUUUGAAUAAACAAAAAGUUUUUCAAAACAACAUAAAAAAAUCAAAUAUUCGCCACAUGAAUGAAAUAAUAAAAAAAAAACGACCGUUAUUUGCUCCGCCUUUGAAGCGUCAAAAAGUAGAUCACUCAACAGACGGUAAGAUUCAAUUUACUCCUCACUGUAACAUAUUUCCGGAUAGCACUUAAUCUUGUAGUUAAUAUGUUGCAAGUUUAUUUACAAACCUUUGACCAAAUUUAAUAAAAUAAAAGCAUUUAGGACAAUGAUAUGACCAUAUCCUCUCUAGUUUUUCAAGUACAAAUAAAAUGUAAAUAACUUAAGAG